AGAAACAGGCAGGCAACUUUUACGUGAAGAGCACGCAGAAUAGUUAAUAUAACUGUUCCCUAACCAAAAAUGUAUGUAUACAUAACCUCGUAAGAGCUAUUCGACGUGCUUGUCUACACUAAGAGCCCAUUUCUGCGUGGCAAGCCAACUUUUCGACCCCCGAGAUAUUUACUUGAUUAGCAUUUAGCUUAGCUAGCCAGGGCUCUCAUAAACGCCGUCCAGACGAGCAGUAGGCUACAUCCCUGUCUCGGGUAUUAUUGUAGCACUGCAUGGCCGUCGUUAGUCUCACUGCUUCGGCUUUGUGUCCAGUGAGACCAUUCGAUUCACGUUCAACCUGAUGAGCCUUUGUUAUGGUUCACUGACGUCAGGCGAUCCGGAUUGUGCACACUGUCGGUUUUCUUUUUUCCAACUACUGUGGUGAUUGAAUAUUAACUCGCAGCUCUGUGCAGUCUGCGCCACGGUUGCAUUUUCCAUUGCUAGAUUACGGAGGGGGUACUUCAGCAUUGUUGUAUUCUACAGGCAGUCGACAACGUGGAGCGCCUCGUUAUGACUGAGCGGUGGGAGCGAAAAUACAUUUUCUUUUGAUUCUGUUCGAGGGGACGCUGAAAGUGAUUAGUGAGACCUUCUUUUGUACCGGAUCCUAAAGCUGACUAUGUAACACCCACAGCCUGUGCUGCGCAAGGAGGCGACAAUGUCUGUUCACAUUGUGGCGCUCGGCAAUGAGAAAGACAGGUUGCAGGAGGAUGGGCAGCAUCAGUCCAGUCUGCUCUGGACCUAUCUGGGCAGAAGCGCUGGUGUUCAUGACGGAAGGUACAAUGUGUCGCUCAGCUCUGCCCCCCACACGACAUUCCCUGCGUUCACCGAAUACCAGGCUUGUGUGUUCGGAGAUGUCAAGGUGGUGGUCCAUGACUGCCCAGGCUGGGACCUUUUCGACAGUGACUGGUACAACUCUCGCAAUGUGGUUGGACAGGCAGACAUUAUUGUCAUUAAAUAUUCGGUCAAUGACAAACCUGCAUUUCAAGAGGUGAAGGAAAACUACACUCCAAUGAUUAAAAGACUAUUAAACCAGUGGACAGUGCCAAUUAUCAUUGCUGCCGUGGGAACCAGACAAAACGAUGAAGGGCCUCCCUGCACCUGCCCCCUGUGCACCUCCGAUAAAGGGAGCUGCGUUCCUGCCUGCGAGGGCCUGCAGCUCUCUAAAGAGCUGGGAGCCACCUAUCUGGAGCUGCACACUCUCAAUGACUUCUAUGCAGGGAAAUACUUUGGAGGAGUGUUGGAGUACUUUAUUGUGCAGUGUUUAAAUCAGAAGUCAUCAGAAAAAAAUAAGAAAAAGAGGCGGAAAUCCAAUGGGCCUAACCCUCCUCGGUUAGAACAGCCAGCCAAGCUGCCAACAGUGAAGGCAGAGGACUCCAGCUACAGCUCUGACUUGCUGAGGUUGCUGGGAAGCUCGCAGUGCGCGGACGUGACUUUCUGUUCAGAAGGCCACGGCGGAGAGCUGGCACGGGCACACAAGGUGGUCCUGUGCUCUGCCAGUCCAGUGUUUUUGCUGUUACUCGGGGUGGAGGCUGGGGCGGCAGGUGAGGAAUCCUGCAGCCCCUCUGCGGUAAAGGCCGCUCUGAAUCUCUUCUCAGUGAGCGACAGUAGCACUGGGUUCCCCACAGACCCCACCACCCAAAGCAGGCAUCCUGGUGGCACCCCCACUCGGGUCUUUGUCAAGGACCCCCUCUUGUGCUCAUGCCUGUCAGAGACUCUGCGGUUUGUGUAUUCAGGAGCCUCCCAGUGGAAUGAGCUGGAAAAUUCUAUCAGGAAAAGGCUGAAGAGUGUAGAGGAAAUCGAGGAACUGCUUGGCAAAGUCAAAUUUCUUCUUGGCUAUGAAAAGGGUUCCACUGAGCAAGCGCCUCUCAGACACUCCACGUGUCACAGUACCUCUCUUGGACAUUUGUUUAACUCCCCGGUCUUAACGGAUGUCAUCUUUAAGGUUCAAGGUAAAUCUCUACAAGGGGUUUUGAUGCCGGCGCACAGAGCAGUACUGGCAGCUCGCUGUGAGGUAAUGGCUGCCAUGUUUAAUGGGAACUAUGCAGAGGCAAACAGCAGUGUGGUGCCUAUCCACAGCGUUUCCAAAGAUACCUUCCUGUCCUUCCUGGAAUACCUCUAUACUGACACCUGCUGUCCAGCCAGCAUUUCCCAGGCCAUAGCCCUGCUGGUCUGUGCUGAGAUGUACCAGGUGCCCCGGCUCCAGCACAUCUGUGAAGUCUGUAUCAUUACACAUCUGCAGAGCAUGCCCAGCAGAGAGCUGGCAUCCACCAACCUCAGUGUGGUCAACCUGCUCAGAAAGGCAAAGUUUCACAAUGCUGUGCAGCUAUCUGCCUGGCUGCUUCAUUUCCUUGCCAGUAGCUACCUCAUUUUCAGUCAGAAACCAGACUUCUUGGAUCUUGCAGAGGAUGAAAGGGAUUUCAUAGAGGAGCACAGGUGGCCCUCCAGCCGGUACGUGCAGGAGCUCGCUGAAUUCAGGCAACACGUUCAGGUCCGGAGAUUGCGCUGUACAGUCAUGUGACCAGGACCACCAGCUGAAAAACACCAAACCCAAGAGAAUGACAUUGAGGCAGCAGUAAGGUGUCCUCUGUAACCAACUUCAAAAUAAACACAGAUCAUUUAACAAAAGUGUGUAAUCCCUUGCAAAAAUAUAUUUAUUACUCUGCAAGAAGAUCUGAAUGCAAAAAAACUUUUCACUUUGAUCCAAGUUGCAGCUGUAGUAUUUAAGGCCAGUGUAAAACUAGGAAACGCAUACAGAAAGCCCACAUGUUUAAAAUCCUAUGGAAUGUAUACAUUUCCCUUGCGUGUUUGCAGUCAUUCUCCGUGGCUCUGGGUUCUGUUGCUCCAGUAUUGCACAGGUAAUACCACCUGUCUCAAUUAGCCUCUUCCUGGCUUUGAGCUUGUCUGGAGAAUCCAAAGUGCCGGCACUCAACAGCCUUCCUCAAUCCAUUCAUGUGACGCUGUGCCUUUUCAGCUCUCUGUCUAGAAACGAUGGGGCUGGGAGAGAUGAAACUGACAUUUUAAGCCAUUUUCUCUCCAAGCGGUUUGUCUACUGUUUUUCCAUGGCAUUGUAUGAUUGAGUGCAUUUAACAGAUGUAUUGCCUCUUUUUUUAAUGAUGCACUGAUUUCUAAUGCUACAAGUCUCGGUUAUUGAUGUCAAGGUUCAGGUUGGUCUUUAUGUUGCACUGUCUGUAUAUUGGGUUUGAUUUGAUCAGCGGAGACCACGCUGGGAUAAGCCACAGGAUUAUACUGGAGCAUUUUACUUCUCUGGAUUGCACCACAUAGCCAUGAGUAUCCAGGAAAUCCCUCAGGUUUGAAAUCUGAUUUCCUUUGAGCCUUAGCUGCAAGUCAAGCACUCCAUUACCUAGAAGGAGCAGCCACUGUGCUGGGUUCUCUACGUAUGGAAUAUUAUUUGUUUCGAACAUAUCUGAUACUUUUAUUUUAAACGGCACGAUCGUGUCUACAAGUUAAGUUCCUGGUUUGGAGUUAAAACUUGUACAUUUUUGUCUAAUUAAAUCUUCCAAGCUACCAAACUUUUUAUAACAAAUAUAGCUUGCAUGGUCUAUUUAAACAUGAAGUAUACCACAGUGUUAUUAAAGAAGCAUUAGCCUUUGGGAAACGAUUCGGUUCUGCUUGGUUUAUCUUUCACACAUGUUGCAUUUAAUUUAAUAUGUAUUGUCGUGUGUAAUGAUUUAAUCAGAACACUCUCACUGCAAUAAGAGUAUGUACUGUAUAACAAGACUUGUGGGCCAGGUCUUGAGCUGAUGCUGUGAAAUGAUUUCCUGUGCUUAACUACCCUAAUCUAUUGCCUAUGAGAUCAGAUGUUACUACAAACCUAGCAGGGAUCAGAUAGACAACUGCACACUGUCCUCUUUACUGUGCUUAUUUUUCAUCUCAGAAUAUACCUGGGUCUCCAAAGUUACUUGGACAGAUGUCAAGGAAGGAUUCAGGAUGCAUUUUAAUCAGGUAUAUAUCAGAUUAUAACAGGUUUUAUUCACUGCAGAAUAUCACUUAUUUCACACCUAGAUCGCCAGUUUUUUUCAAUAGCCCCCCCUUGGCUUUUAAUCACAGUUUUGUAAAUUCUAGACCUGUGUUUUUAGUUUUUCAGAAUUUUCCCCAAACCUAUGUUUUACUUGACGGUCCAGUUCAUCCAAUACCAACAUGAUUCAUAUUGGAAAAUAAAAAUCUACUCUUAAGGGACAGUGCAAAUAUUGUGAUGGGGCGCUAAACAUACAUCUCAAAGAAAUCUGCACAUCAGAAACAAUACUUCUGUCUUGCAAUUGUUUUUUAAAUUUUAAUCCACAGCUGACUCUAGAAAUUGUUUUAGUUUUUCCAACUGACAAAUAAAUGUUCCUGUUUUAACCUUC